UCCGGGUCGAUGCGGGACGCGGCGGCCGGGCCUGGUCCAAGAAGGGAGCAUGGACCAGCCCAGUGGAAGGAGUUUCAUGCAAGUUCUGUGUGAGAAAUACAGCCCUGAGAACUUCCCCUACCGCCGUGGGCCUGGCAUGGGGGUGCACGUCCCAGCCACCCCACAGGGCUCACCUAUGAAAGACCGCCUGAACCUGCCCAGUGUGCUGGUGCUCAACAGCUGUGGCAUCACCUGUGCCGGGGACGAGAACGAGAUCGCCGCCUUCUGCGCCCACGUCUUCGAGCUCGACCUCUCUGACAACAAACUGGAAGACUGGCACGAGGUCAGUAAAAUUGUGUCCAACGUCCCCCACUUGGAGUUUCUAAACCUGAGUUCCAACCCUCUCAGUUUGUCCGUUUUAGAGAGAAGUUGCGCUGGGUCUUUCGCUGGCGUCCGCAAACUUGUGCUCAACAACAGCAAAGCUUCCUGGGAAACAGUGCACACCAUCCUGCAGGAAUUACCUGACUUGGAGGAGCUCUUCCUGUGCCUUAAUGACUACGAAACAGUGUCUUGUUCUCCAGUUUGCUGUCAGUCUCUCAAACUACUCCACAUAACUGACAACAACCUUCAAGACUGGACUGAAAUUCGAAAGUUGGGAAUUAUGUUUCCAUCACUGGACACACUUAUCCUGGCUAACAACAACCUCACCACCAUUGAAGAGUCAGAAGAUUCCCUGGCAAGGCUCUUCCCCAACCUAAGAUCCAUCAACUUGCACAAGUCAGGUCUGCAUUGCUGGGAAGACAUUGACAAGUUAAAUUCUUUCCCGAAGCUCGAGGAAGUGAAAUUGCUGGGAAUUCCUCUGCUGCAGUCUUACACCACCGAGGAACGCAGGAAGCUGCUAAUAGCCAGGUUGCCAUCCAUCACCAAGCUCAAUGGCAGCAUCGUGGCCGACGGCGAGCGCGAGGACUCGGAGCGCUUCUUCAUCCGCUAUUACAUGGAGUUCCCCGAGGAGGAGGUCCCCUUCAGGUAUCACGAGCUGGUCACCAAGUACGGGAAGCUGGAGCCCUUGGCAGUGGUGGAUCUGCGGCCUCAGAGCAGCGCCAAGGUGGAGGUUCACUUCCAGGACAAGGUGGAGGAGAUGUCCAUCCGCCUCGACCAGACUGUGGCAGAGCUGAAGAAGCACUUAAAAACUGUGGUGCAGCUGUCAACAAGCAACAUGCUGCUCUUCUACUUGGACCAGGAAGCUCCUUUUGGUCCCGAGGAGAUGAAAUACAGCUCGCGGGCGCUGCAUUCCUACGGCAUCCGGGAUGGGGAUAAAAUUUACGUGGAGCCCAGAAUGAAAUAG